GUCAGGGGGGCGGUAACGUGUGUAUGCGGUCAGUGAAGAGCGCAGGGCGGAUCAACGCGAGGCCGCGACACCGACACACGCGCAGAAAACUUCCCGAAAUCAACGGAAACGCUCUGUUGCAGUGGGAAUCAUGGCAGACCUGAGUUUGACCGACGCUCUGACCGACAGCGUUCCCCAGUCUGAUGUGGAGAACCUGGUGGAGAAGGAUUUUGUGGCCACUCUAGAAGCCGAGUGCUUUGAUGAUCAGAUCGGAGAGACGGUGGGCAAAACGGACUACAUCCCACUACUGGACAAUGACGGCAAGGAUCCAGAUACAGUAGUGAAGAAUGGACAACAGGAAGGGGCUCAGAAACCUGGCGCGGUAAAUCCGCUGGGGUCGUCAGGUAGACCGAUUUUGGCAUCUGAGAAACAUGGAAACGAAUGGCCACAUCAGACGGACCAGCAGGCCUUUGGGACAGACUGUCUAACAGACUCAGUGUCUGGUUUUCCCGAUCAGUGGGGCAUACAGUCCCUCUCCCCUCAGAUGAUGGACAGUGGCCCACUGGGGCCAUUUUCAGGUUUCUCUCAGCCUAUUGUGACAUCCGCAUCGAACACAGCUGUAGGAGCAGCUCCUCUCCAAACAGAAAGACCGUCUGAUGUUGCCGAACCACAUGGGCCGCCGGCCGCCCAGGUCACCGAAGCACCCAAAGCACCUUCUGAACCCCUAGCAGCCAUGACACCUAAAAACCCACUGGACAUGCCUGCAGGUGUCUUUGGUGACUACUGGUCCGAUGAGGCCGGAAUUCCAUCCGACCUGCCCUUCACACCCAGUGUUUCCACAGUUAUCAGUCGCCAUGCCACCCACCUGGCAGAAAGCCCACAUGACAUGCCCGACACUAUGUGGUUCCCCAGAGAUAGCGGGAUGGGAGAGGGUGAUGAGAGGGAAGGUGAUGAAUCUGACCGUAAGAAGGAAAAGAAGAAGAAAAAACGGAAACCCCGGGACGAGUUGUAUGACUUCCACACAGAAAAACAAAGCGACAGUGUUUUAUCUGAGAGCCCACAUCAGUCCUCGCCACGCAAGGAACGGGACCGGGAUGGAGGCUGGGAAGAUGUAGGACGCAUUGGCGGACGAGGUAAGAAGCCAAAAAGCCGCAAGAAGAUUCCAGAAGAAUGGGCGAUCCAUGCUGAACCCUUUGUCCCUGCUUCUGCCUCCAUGUCGGUAGAGUUUGGAACCGAUUUUACCUCAUCACCACUUGGAGGUGAUAGCGGGCUUGUUUCCCUUUCUGAAGAUUAUACCGAUGAGAGUCUGAUUCCACUGUCUCUUACUCAAGAUCUUCUGUCCUUCACGGCCACUUCCCCAACAUCUACAGUUCAACCUGCAGCAUCCUCUCCAAAGUCCCCAAGUCAUGCUUCUGGUCUCUCACCCCAACAUCACUUGUCCAUUUCCUCUGGUUUCCAUGAUAUCAUUAUGGAAACAGAUGGCACCUAUCUGGCUGAUCCACUUGCUUGCAGCAUCAAUGACACUCAGCCUUUCAUGUCUACUGGUGGAACCUUUGAGGAAGCCAUGUUUGUUCAAGAACAAUCCUUUACGACUUCCACAAUGGAAGCCCAAGGUGUGGUUGAGUCCCCGGUGAAAGAACCUCAAGUGUCCACCCCUGGAAGUACUUGUUUUGUACCACCAAUGGAGGCUCUCAUCUCAGCACCCCCAUUCUCACCAUCUGGACCAGCGUGGUCUCUGAAUAAUCACAGUCAGUCAUUUGAUCUUUCAGGAAUGGAAGGUGUUAGCUUUGAGACUCAUGUCCCAAUUCCUGCAUCUCCUCCUUCACCAAAGAGAAAAACCCCAAAAGAGUCCAAAACCAAAUCAGGCAAGAAGUCCCAUCCAACAUCUAUAAAGAGUCCCAAGUCUCCAAACGCAAAGAAUUCCGAUCUGAAUCCAGCCGCACCUCCGUUCUUCCCUAGUUUUGCAGAACCUCAGGAACACGGAGCUGGACUAGCCAUCACAUUGGAAGCAGGCAACUCUGAGAAAAACAAGCCAGAGGUGAACAAAAUGGACGAUGUCCAGAAGUUUGACAACUUUGAUGUCUUCAACAAGAAGGACAAAGAUCAUAAGAUGGUCACGGUGGAGCAGAAAGACAAAUCUGACCAUACAGACAAAGAAGAAAAGGCAGAAACUCUGGACAAAAACAAAGAAACGGACAAGUCAGAGAAACUGGACAAGGUAGAAACACCAGUGAAAGUUGAGAAGAUUGAAAAGAUGGAUCAGAUGGAAAAAAAUAUAAAAGAUGAGCCCGAAAAAGUCGAGAAGACCCAUCAGUUGGAAAAAACUAUAAAAGAUGAGCCCGAAAAAGUCGAGAAGACCCAUCAGUUGGAAAAAACUAUAAAAGAUGAGCCCGAAAAAGUCGAGAAGACCCAUCAGUUGGAAAAAACUAUAAAAGAUGAGCCCGAAAAAGUCGAGAAGACCCAUCAGUUGGAAAAAACUAUAAAAGAUGAGCCCGAAAAAGUCGAGAAGACCCAUCAGUUGGAAAAAACUAUAAAAGAUGAGCCCGAAAAAGUCGAGAAGACCCAUCAGUUGGAAAAAACUAUAAAAGAUGAGCCCGAAAAAGUCGAGAAGACCCAUCAGUUGGAAAAAACUAUAAAAGAUGAGCCCGAAAAAGUCGAGAAGACCCAUCAGUUGGAAGAAACUAUAAAAGAUGAGCCCGAAAAAGUCGAGAAGGUUGAGAAGACCACAGACAAAAAAGAGACAGCAGAAAAGAUGGAUUCCUCCCCGAAGGUGGACAUAAACGAGAAGAUUGGUCAUAUCGAAAAGCCCGCGCUGGAGACGGAGAUCGUCAAAGUCAAGGAGAACAAAUCAGACCUGAAAACCGAGCAAGACAAAGUAGAAAAGGACAAGCUGGAUGUGAAGCAAGAAAAGGAGAAAGUUGAAAAGGACAAAACAGAACAGAAGACAGAAAAAGACAAAAUGGACAAAGAAGUAGAGCAGAAAGCAGAAAAGGUUGAAUCAGCUGGUAAGAAAGUUGAGAAGGACAAUAAAGCAGAGAAAGCCAAAAAACCUGCUGCUAAACCCUCAGCACCCAAACUUGCAGUAACCAACGGUGCACCUGGAAAAGACUUGACUAGUCCCGACAAGAAGACCAAGCCUGUCGCUGGAGCAACCAAACUGAGCUCCGCCAAGCCCCGGCCAAGCUCCGCCUCCAAUGCUACAGCUGCCCCCAAGCGUCCAACCCCUACCUCAGCCACCAGCGCAUCUGCCCCCAUCAAAAAAGCCCCUGUUCCCAAAGCACCCACCCCCGCCGCUAGUACCAAAGGGCCAGCUACAGCGUCCACUCGACCCACAACUACAACCAGCACUUCCAGGUCCAGUACAGUGGCAAGAGAGGUCAAGCCCAAGACGGCCACUGAGAAACGCCCACCAGUGCCAAAGGCCACUGCUGCGCCCGCACGACCCGCCGCUCCCAAAAACAGCUCGUCUGCAACAGCGGAAAACAAACCUGCGACCACAACACGAACAACAGCCAGUGCCCCUACAGCACGACGCCUGACCACAAAGACUGAGAGCAAACCUGGAGAGGAAAAGAAACCAAGCGCACUGAAAACUGCAGUUUCAGAUGCCGCCCGCUCUAAAUCUACACCCCUCAAAACCUCCACCACUUUAAGCAGCGCCACCACUCGUCCUCGCGCCACAAAAGCACCCGCCUCCUUCAGUAGCACUUCAGCCGCUGCUGCACCAGAGAAGAAGCCACUGGUGCCCCGCACCACUCGACUCAAUUCCACGACCACCAGCACCACGACUCGCCCUGGCUCCGCUCCUGCACCAGAUAUCAAAAACAUCCGCUCCAAGAUCGGCUCUACGGAUAAUAUUAAACAUCAGCCCGGUGGAGGAAAGGUUCAUAUAGUCUCCAAAAAAGUGGACUACAGUCACGUCACGUCUCGCUUGGGCUCCAAAGAAAAUAUGAAACAUGUUCCUGGUGGAGGGAACGUCCAGAUUCUCAACAAGAAGGUGGACAUGAGUAAAGUGACCGCUAAGUGUGGUUCCAAGAGCAAUAUCAAACAUAAACCAGGUGGAGGUGAAAUAAAGAUUGAGAGUCACAAGGUGAACUUUAAAGAUAAAGCUCAGUCCAAGGUUGGCUCCAUGGAUAAUGUCUGUCAUGAGCCUGGAGGUGGUAAUGUCAAGGCUGAGGGGGCCCAGGAGACUGCUGAGGGUAGCGGGGCUCCCUCUAGUGGUGUCUCGGCCGCCCAGCCCACAGCCAGCCCGGCCCAGGAGAAUGGGCUGAAGGAGGGCGCCCCCUGCAGGAGUGAGGAGCUCCGGGACCCCCAGGGUCUGGACUCACUCAUCCCUGAAACAAGCAUCUAACUCGACUUUUUGCUAUCACUGUGCCCUUUUCAUUUCACCCCUCGAUCACCCCCUCUCCUCCCCGUUGACCCCGUUUUUAUGUUCUGCUCCUCCUCUAUUCUGUCUUUCCUCACACUCUCUGAUGCAGAUUGAGUCUUUCAAGCUAAAUUUCCGCGAGAACGCUCGCUCUCGCACGGACCACGGCGCCGACAUCAUCACCUGGCCCAUCUCGGGUGACAGCCCUGUCCACCCCCACCUGUUACGCAGCAGCGUCUCGCUCAACGACUCCCUCGCGACCGUCGGCAUCCCCCGCUCUCAAACGACGCCCUGCCCUCUGCUCCCUAGAACAAGGAGGUGACGCUUGUUCGCUCACCGGACUCCAGACAUGAUUUCUCUCUUACCCUUCAUCUGCUGCUCUCUAAAUCCCGCCUCCUACCAUUGCUAUUACUCAUUUGAUUGGUGUGCUUGUUGUUGAUGUUCUUGACCGUGAUUUCUGAUUGGUUAGAGAUAUAACUCGGCUGUGCACAGACUACAGACUUCAGAAUAUGCAAAAAAUGACCUUAUUGAAGAGGGUUGGGAGGGCAAUACUCCUCCUGAGGGUCUAGAUACUCUGAUGGUAACGGUUUGUAAGUUUUGAUUUGGAAAUGACAUGGCAGACAACACCUACAUAACUAGUUGUAGAGCAUGAAAUCUAGUUGUAGUCCUGACAACUAAAGGUGUUUUCACUUGACUCACGUUAGCGUUGCCCAGUGCAUUGAACUCAGUGGAACGCAAGCCUGUCAAGCGUUUCAAACACUUUCAACUAUCUCUUUUGCUGAUGACCUUUGGAAGUGUUUAAAUAUGCAAUCUUACACCGAUUAUGCUUAAUAAGCCGACGACAUGUGCGCUUGUGUAAAUGGCUUUUAAACGAAUUUGUCUAAUCAGUUUAAGUUUGUAAACAUUUAAGCAAAAACCGAUCGUCACACGAAGAUUUUUGCCCAUUACACCGAUUUUGAGUUGCUUGUAAACACCUUUACCGCUGUUCUUACCGGCUUAUUCAAUGCACGCAAGUGUUGUGCACAUAACUGUUAAUGGAUAGAUAAAUCAGGUAAUAAUCUGGUGACUUCAGGUGUCAUGUAAACGUGGCUUUCUUGCAUUGUCUGAUUGCUUGAAUAAGACGAUCUUUGGCCGUUAUCAGCGUAUUGGUGUGCAUGUAAUUGUGCUCGGCGAUUAGCAGACAAUCCGCACAUGAUUUUGCCUCACUAAUGACAUUUAGAGUGCAAAGCAACAUUGAAAUUGAAAACUGUCAAAGAAAAUUGCGCUGAGUCGUGUGAAAAUGCCUUUAUUCUGUUUAACCAUGUUGCAACUCCUUUAGGAUCUCAAACUUGGUAUUCAUAAUGAAAGUAGCUGAUCUGUUCGUGCCCAUCACCACCAUAUAUACAUAUAUUCAUCUGGAUCCAUCUGGCCAUCAUCUCAUUCAGCAUACAGGGCUGUCAUGUGACCCUGUCAUGUGCUCCUCUACCUUGACCUUCAGUACAGCUGAUAUUUAAACACUUAGGCUAUGUGAACAGCUGUGUUCGGAAUAGCGUACUACCGUAUUACUCUGACUGUUUUUGCAGUAUAUAUUAUGAAUACUGAGCAGUUUAUGCACAUUUUCUGUAUGCAUGGAGGGAGUUCCCUGAUGACUACCUUCAUUUCUAGAAUGUGCUGUGAACAAAGUGCAAUACUGCAUUCCACAAUGCAAUGUGCUUGACUUCACCUUUCAUUUUUUGGGCUAAAAUCGUGUUAUCCAGGUCUGUUAGUUGGACUUCGUAAAAACCGGACUGAUACGAUUUCAGUCGAACUUAAGCAUUGACAUUUUAAAAACACAAAUUAUUGUUUUAGUCCAACUUAAGUCUAACUUUUGAAGUGCAUGUAAUUGUACUAAUUGGGAUGAUUUAAAUAUAAAGUCCUAUUUAUUUAUUUUAGUGUACUGUAUGCUAUCAACAGUUGUUGAUCUCUUUAAUGACUAACUUGAUUGGACCACCAAAAAGUCUCUUUUUUUGAAUUUUUUUUUUAGACAAAAUUGGAUUAGAAAGUGCCAAUUUUACCAAUAUUAAUUUUUUUUUAUUAAUAUCAACAGCCGAUACAGCUACAAAAGCCAUUUUUAUUGUUCUAAAAAAAAUUCUAAAAAUUAUAUAUUUUUUAGAGCCACAAUGAAAAUAUAAACACACACACAAAUACAGAUAAAUACAAGAUAAAAAAAAAAAAUAAAAUUAGGAAAAAGUUUUUUUUGCACCUCUAAAACAUUUUUGCACUUUUCUUUUUGCCGUUUAAACCAAUAUCUAUAUACUUAUUGUAAAUGCAUGUUAUGCUUAUGCUUUAAUUGUUUAGAUUUAUUUAUUUGGAUAGAUGUUUUUUAUUUUAUUAUUAUUUUACACAGGAAAAAAGAAAUUCUAAAACGCAAUAAAUGUAUGGGUUUUUGUGUGUGUGUUUGUGCUGAUGAUUUUAUUUUGGUCAAUAAUUUGCCGAUAAAUAUCGGUGGCCGAUACAUAACCUACAAAAUAGCCAUUUUUAUUACCACGAUGAUAAGCGGACGCCACUCGCUGAAUUAAACAAAGAAGGUAAUACAUUUAUGUAGCAUACUACGAAGUAUAUACUACAGUAUUCCAUAUAUACUGUAUUAAAGCAUUCAUUAAGUAGUAAGCUAGUAUUCCAUUCUGAACACAGCCAGUCUCUUUUAAACUGUGUUUCGUGAUGGUGUGUGUGUCUGAGUGAAUACUGUAGCAUUGAUCUGUGUUGUUAAACUGUUUAUUUUGACUAUUUCGUUUAAUUCUCGUGACCAGCUGAUGUUUUUUUUUCCUCGUAAUUGUAAAGCAAUAUAACGGUGUCUCACAAUGCCCAUAAGACAUUAAACUCAACUUAAACGCACAGUAAAUUAAGCUGAUAGUGUCAAACGCACCUUCAGACAGGUUUGUGAAAGUGAAGAGGGUUUGAGGUGGAUAUUUAAUGGACAGUUAGUAGGUCUGAGAGACAGGAAGUGUGGAGACACACUUAGUAGAUGUUGACAAGUUGAAGUAACGUGUACACAUUUGUUUAGGGACAGCAUGUUGUUAUAUGGGAAAAUGGGAGGAGGUCCAAUGGCGAGUCAGUGCCUGGUAGCAUAUACGCUUAUUUCCUGCCUUUGAAGGGACACAAUUCAGAAUGUCACAGCUUGAAACCUUUUAUGUACUUUUAAUAGUUGCUUUAUGAGAAACCAGUGAAAUUGUAUGUGAUUUCAGUAGUUUUAAUUGCUUAUUACUUAUUAGUCGUCAGCCGAUAUGGGUUGUUCAAUGGCUGAUGCUGAUACCGAUAUAUCUAGAGAGCAGGGCGGCCGAUAUAAUUCUGGUGAAAUUGAAUGACAGCAAAAUGAGAUGUACACAAAAUAGCACUUAUUUCACACAAUAUUUGAACUAAAUCGGUUAUCGCUUAUGCCGAUAAUCUCAAAACGGCCAAAUAUCGGUAUAUUAAUCGGUCAGGCCGAUAUAUCGGUCUAAUACUUUUGCAAAUGUUUUUCAGGUCUUUUUUAAAGUUAAAGCUUUGCGUUCUGGUCCAUCUUGUGAGUCGAACGGAUAUUGGGGGGGGGGGCGGGGGGGGGGUGUUAACGUUGAAACGUUUCUUGUAGCUUUAUUUCACUUGUAGCAUUUUCUACGAUAAUUCUUAUCACGAAUGGCCAGAUUAUCAGCAGAUUGCACCCAGUUUGGAAAAACAUGCACACAUAUCUAAUCAUGCUAAAGCACAUGUGUGUGAGAAAUAUGAUGUCUCUUGGAGAUGUUUUUAGAUAAAGAAUGCAACCGUGUAAUUUAGAUAUUGAGAGUUGGCAGCAGUCUCCCAUUUGAUCUAAGAAAACAGCGUUUAUUUAAAUAAUUAACCCAUAAAUUGGCGAAAAGAAAACAUGGCACAGUAGAAAAUGCAUUAUUUUACUAAGUAAUAAUUUGGGCAAUAAUAGUUAUUUAUAGUCCUUUCUUUUUCAGAAAAAGGAGAGGUGUGUAAAUAGUUGUAUUUGAGCUGUGUUGUGCAGCAUUCGAACACUAUGGGCAAGCUUUAGUCUUUGAAAUACAAUAAUAAUGUCUAACCUCGACUUUUGCUUGUAGUAACAUGGUCAUAAUUAAAUCCAUUUUCUGUGCCUGAAAGCAACCCAUUCAAAAAUCGCAGCAAUUGAUUUCCCGACGACUAGCAAACAGUUUUAUGUAAAUAAAUACAUAUUGCCAUCUCUGUUAACACUUACGAUAUUGCCACAAGUGUAAAAGUAAUGUUUGAACAAAUAAAUCUGUGACGCUCAAAAUGAGUUACUGCUGAUAUCAUGUACCUUUAAUGGAUUUUUGGUAUUAUAAACUUGUUUGUAUUAUUAUAAUUAUUAUUAUUAUUGUUGUCAUUUUUGGCCCUUUUCCAAGGAAAAAGGCAGAGGAGAACAAAUGUGUUUGAAAUAUACUAAAGAUGCGGUGCACAUAUAUUUGUGUGUCUUUAAUAUUUUGGUUUUGGGUAUCGGUUAAGAUGGCAGAUGGGUCCUUUUCAGGUGGCCCAUGACCUCGUCAUAUAAUCUCAAUGAGUCUCACAUAGCCCCUUACCUAUUUACAAAUACUAGUCGUACAACAAUGAAUGCUGAGAAAGAAACUAAAAUUGGGGGGGGGGGGCAUUAAAUGUGUUUCAAUUGCACUGAUUGAUUGUGCCAUGAAGGACAUAUACGGUUGAAGGAGGGAGUGAGAGGAGAGGUCCAACUAUUAUUAUAUCUAAUUCUGGGAGAGUUGUUGCCCAUAAUCAUACUAUUAUUAUAAAGACGUACAACCCGGAAAUAACAUGAAAACUAAAGAAACGUAUGAAUUUAUUCUGCAAAACUGGUUGUUCUGUUGUGGUUUCUUGUGAUUCGGUUUGUUUUCCUUUAGUUUUUCGAGUUUUUCCAUGAAAAUGUCAUUAUAUUUUUGGUUUGAAUGAGGUGUUAAUUGUGGUUAAUUGUUAACUAUGAUGUGAUUAUUAAACAUUAAAUAAAAGAAAGUGUUAAAAACA